AUGGCAGAUGCCAAUGAAGACGGUUUAGAAAACGAUCACUUCGAAACGCAUGAAGAGGACGAAGAAAGCCUCAUUCGCUACUAUUUCUAUAGAGGUUUUGAUUAUAAGGAAAUCGUUUUAUUUUUAUUACAAAAUCAUGAUAUUCAGAUGAGCAUGGCCACAUUUAAACGACGACUGCGAAGGUACGGACUUAGGCGGCAGCUACCAGAAUAUGACAUUGACGAAGCAAGGGCAUCCAUUCAAAGUCUUAUUAAUGGUCCUGGAUGUUUGCAAGGAUACAGGUCCGUAUGGCAUACACUGCAGCUUAGAGGAGUUAGAAUACCGCGUAUUGUUGUACAACAACUUCUGAAAGAGUUAGAUCCUGAAGGGACUGAAAUGCUGCGAAAGGCUCACCGGUUAAAAAGGAGAACUGGAGAAGAUAUCACAAUCCUGGUCCGAACUAUUCUUGGCAUUGUGACGGGUACGAUAAACUCAAGCCGUAUGGAUUCCCUAUUCAUGGAUGUAUCGACGGCUGGAGUAGAAAAAUACUAUGGUUAUACGUAACGAGAUCAAAUAAUCAACCAAAUAAUGUAGCUGCAUAUUAUCUAGAUGCUGUGGAAGAAUAUGGCGGAUGUCCAGUUGAUCUUGUGACUGACCUUGGCACAGAGAAUGGCACAAUGGCAGCAAUCCAAUCAUUUCUAAGAGAUGACCCAGAUAGUCACAGAUAUGUGCCGUCGCCGCGAAACCAACGAAUAGAGGCUUGGUGGGCGUUCUUAAGGAGAUUACAUUCAACUUGGUGGAUAAAUUUUUUCAAAGAUAUGGUGGAUAACAGAGUCGUAGAUCUCACUUCAGAAUUGGAAAUGGAAUGCUUAUGGUUUUGCUUCUCCCAGCUGCUUCAGAACGCCUUAGAUGAAAUAAAAGAACAUUGGAAUACUCAUCGUAUUCGAAAAUCCCGAUAUGACACUGUUAGUGGCAGACCGGACUCACUGUACUACCUUCCUGAACUACAUGGAGUUAAUGAACGGUUCUUACUACCUGUAGGUGAGCAUGAAAGCAACUACGUUCGUUCACAUAUCAUUGAAAGUGACUAUCAAAAUUGUUUUCAAGAUUACUUCAGGUAUGUUUCAGGCAUGUGUCACCUAGGACAACCCGCACAUUGGAACGAAGCGCUAGAUUUAUAUAACACUCUUCUUCAGUAUGCAUAUAAUGAGAACGAGUGA